GUAAUGAUGUUGAGCAUUAAAUUGAAUUCAUCCGUAUUUUUAAGCUUAAAGAAUACAUUAGAAAUUUGCAAAAGAGGUUUUAUAGCUUCACGGACUUUGCAAAAUUCUCACGAAAUUGAGAAAAAACCAAAGCCUUUAGAAGGAAUACGCGUUCUCGAGUUAGGACAGUUAAUAGCAGGCCCAUUCUGUGGAACAAUUCUUGGAUAUUAUGGUGCAGAAGUGAUUAAGGUCGAACCACCAAAAUGGGGAGAUCCGCUAAGGGUAUGGAGACAUUUAGACACCGAUGGAACUAGCCCCUGGUAUCGUUCAAUGGCAAGAAAUAAAAAAUCCUGCGAGAUUGAUUUAAAAACCGUUGAAGGCAGAAAACUGGUUAAUCAAUUGGCUGACAAGUCGGAUGUGUUGAUAGAAAAUUUUCGUCCUGGUACUAUGGAAAAAUGGGGGCUUGGACCUGAUGAGCUUUACAAAACAAAUCCUUCGUUGGUAUAUGUACGUAUUUCUGGUUAUGGACAGACAGGCCCAUACGCUAAAAAGCCUGGUUACGCGUCAGUAUGUGAGGCUAUGGCAGGAUUUCGCUAUAUCAAUGGGUUUCCUAACCAGGCACCAGUUCGUCCAAAUAUUUCAUUGGGUGAUUCUGUUGCUGGAUUAACAGCUGCACUCGGUGCAGUUAUGAGUCUUUUAGCUAGGAAUAAAUUAUCGUCAAAUGCCAAUUUAAUUACAGGACAGGUUGUAGAUGUAGCUAUUUAUGAGAGUAUGUUCAAUAUGAUGGAAGGAAUUUUGCCAGAAUAUGAUCGGUUUGGGGAGGUAAGGCAACCAUCAGGUACAACUGUUACAGGUAUUGUACCAACAAAUGCAUACAUAUGUUCAGAUCAGAAAUAUGUAAUAAUUGGAGGUAAUGGAGAUUCUAUAUAUAAAAGACUUAUGCGUACAGCGGGAAGAGAAGAUCUUGUAACAAAAGAAUAUGAAACAAAUAAGGAUAGAGUGAAGCAUCAAAAAUUAAUUGAUAAAGCAAUUAGUGACUGGACAAUAACUCUUACAUCAAAACAAGUGUUGGAAAAAUUAGAAAAAGUUAAUGUGCCGUGUGGUAGCAUUUAUAAUAUUGAAGAUAUUGUUAACGAUGAUCAUGUUAAAGAACGUAAAUUAAUUGAAAUUACUCGCGUUGGUAAAAAUAAAAGUGAUGGCGGUUAUGAUUUAAAGAUUCCUGCUUUAACACCAAAGCUUGAAUCCACACCUGGUGAAACUAUGUGGGCUGGAUCUGAUUUAGGUGAACAUAAUCAUGAAAUUUUUAUAAACUUUUUAGGAUUAAAGGAUGAUGAUGUUAAAAAAAUGCAAGAUGAUGGAAUUAUAGGAAAAACUAUGUAA